AUGAGGAGCGACGAGCCGGCCUUGACCAUGGAAGAGACGGGCGGGCCGGACGCGGCUGCAGGCCGCCUGGGGGCGCCGUACUCCGAGGCCUGGGGGUACUUCCACCUGGCGCCGGCGCGCCCCGGCCACGCGUCGGGCCCCUGGGCCACCUGCCGGCUGUGCGGGGAGCAGGUGGGCCGCGGCCCGGGCUGGCACGCGGGCACCGCUGUGCUGUGGAAGCACUUGAGGAGUGCGCACCGGCGGGAGCUGGCGGAGAGCACCGCCCGCCGCUCGCCGCCCGCUGCCCCCGGCCCCGCCGCGGCCGCCGAGGGCGACUGGGCGCGCCUGCUGGAGCAGAUGGGCGCGCUGGCCGUGCGUGGCAGCCUGCGGGAGCGCGAGCUGGCGCGGCGCGAGGCGGCCGUGGAGCAGGGCGAGCGCGCCCUGGAGCGCAGACGGCGGGCGCUGCAGGAGGAGGAGCGCGCGGCGGCCCAGGCGCGCCGGGAGCUGCAGGCCGAGAGGGAGGCGCUGCAGGCGCGGCUGCGGGAAGUGAGCCGCCGGGAGGGCGCCUUGGCCUUGGGCUCGGCCCUGCUGCACGCUCCGCUCAAAGAGGAGCCCGAGGGGGACCCCAGGGACGGCUACGUCAUCACGAAGGUCUUCCUGUAG